UGACACGGCAGUCUCGACAACCUCGGCAUGACCAGCUGUUUCUCUCUGCUGCUGCUAUUCUCAGGAUGUGUUCUCUUUACCUGCACUUCAGCUCAGAACAGCUGCAAAGGUCGCUGUGGUGAAGAUUAUGUCAGAAGCCCUAACUGUAAUUGUGACUAUGAGUGCCUCUUACACAGUGAGUGCUGCAAAGACUACGAAUCAAUCUGCACCACAGGCGGUUCCUGUAAAGGAAGAUGUGGUGAAACCUUUAAAAGAGGGAGGAAGUGUCAAUGUGAUAAAGAUUGUAAUAAAUAUUUACAAUGCUGUCCUGACUAUAAAAACUAUUGCAACAUUCAGGAGGUAGUAAGUGGAAGUGAGCCUUUGUCCGAUGACACUUUUAAAACAGAGCCAACUAAAACCAUAAACAUGUCACCAGAGCCAGAGAAACAAAACGGUUCACCUUCCAAAGAGCCAAGUGCUUCAGUACCAAGCUCCACAAACUCCUUAGUUCUUACCACCACAAGUCAACCAUCAAGAGAUACAGCAGGUAUAAAUAGUUCUCCUGGCCCUGAAGAGAACCCUACAGGGCCCCAGGCUUCGACUAUUCUUCCUGAGAUAUCCAGCACUAAGAUGGUCAUCACUCAGCAACCUUCAGAACAGCCUGCAACCACCAUGCCAGCAUCUGAAGAGAAUGAGUUCAAUUCAGAAACCAAACCCCCAAGUACUACAGUACCAGAAAAUACUCUUUCAUCCCAUAAUUCAGAAAUGACUUCCCCUGACUUAACUGAUAAACCUGAACCUGCUUCUACCAUUCCUCCUGCGAUUAUACCAACUACAACAAUCCCCACAAAACCGUCUGAACAAACUGACCAGAAUCCUGAAACAAACCCUCAGAGCCCCUCGGAACCUGAACCUACUCCUUCAACCAAUGCUCAGGCUAAUAACUUUGAAAAUGACUUAACCACUGAGCAUUCUGUCCCUGAACAGACUGACCAGAAUCCUGAAACAAACCCUCAGAGCACAUCAGAACUUGAACCUACUCCUUUCACCAAUGCUCAGGCUAAUAACUUUGACAACAAUGACUCAACCACUGAGCAUUCUGACCCUGAACAGACUGACCAGAAUGCUGAAACAAACCCUCCGAGCACCUCAGAACCUGAACCUACUCCUUCAACCAAUGCUGAGGCUAAUAACUUUGAAGACAACGACUCAACCACUGAGCAUUCUGUCCCUGAACAGACUGACCAGAAUCCUGAAACAAACCCUCAGAGCACAUCAGAACCUGAACCUACUCCUUCCACCAAUGCUCAGGCUAAUAACUUUGAAGACAACGACUCAACCACUGAGUAUUCUGACCCUGAACAGACUGACCAGAAUGCUGAAACAAACCCUCAGAGCACCUCAGAACCUGAACCUACUCCUUCCACCAAUGCUCAGGCUAAUGGUCCUGAAAACACUAACCCUACAAACCCUGAAGUAAUUCAGGACCCAGAGAAUAAGCCUGAAUCUGAUAAAAAUCCACCAUCUGGAGAGGGUGACCAGAACACAACCCCAGCAGACAAACCAAAUGGAGAUGACUUCCCAUCUACGGUGAAUGAUUCUAAUACUUCUGCUUCUGUGGAGGAGAACUCACCUACAACUAGUGAUAUUGACGAUAACAAUUAUCAAGCUGAUGAGAACUAUGACACAAAUCUCUGCAGUGGGCGGCCAAUUAAUGGUUUGACCACACUUAGAAAUGGCACCAUUGUGGUUUUCAGAGGUCACUACUUUUGGAUUUUGGAUGACAAACGAAAGCCAGGGCCUGCCCAGUUAAUCAAAGACGUCUGGGGAAUUCCUUCUCCUAUCGACACAGUCUAUACACGCUGCAACUGUCAGGGCAAGACUUAUUUCUUUAAGGGGAACGACUACUGGAGGUUCGAGAAUGAUGUCAUGGAUUCUGGUUUCCCCAAACCAGUCAGUGAGGGCUUUGGAUUAAAAGAUCGUGUAAUUGCUGCUUUAUCCAUUCCCCAACACAGGAGGAGGAGGGAGUCUGUGUUGUUCUUCAAAAAAGGUGGAUUAGCACAGAGAUACACCUACCAAGUCACACCUAGCUGUGACAGCAAGCCAGCAGUCUACCUAUUGAAGAGGAGGUUCCAGAGGGCAGCAGAUUCUGAACUAGGACUAGAGAUUAACAUCAAAAUUUGGCGUGGCUUUCCUUCCACUGUGACCUCAGCUGUGUCAGUGCCAGCUACAGGAGGGGACGGAUACAGUUACUACGUUUUCUCCCCGACUAAGUACUACAGUUUAAAUGUAGAAGGAGACACACCAGCCAUCAUCCCUCCCAAAGGUGGACCAGAGAAGCAAAAAUCAGCCAAGAGCUGGUUCGGAUGCCCAGAGGCGAAUAUAGUAUAAGACUCAAUAGUGCCAAUAUAGCUAGGACUGGAUCAAUAUUGUCAAUUUUGUUAAAAAAUCUUUAUUAUAUCCACAUAAAACAAUGCAAUGCUAUGGGUUAACAAACUGCAAUUAAUUACUGGAAACAACUGCACAAGGAUGUGGCAAAGCAUGAGUAAAACUGUAUUGUCCAAGUUUGUGAUAUCAUAGCAGCCGGAAUGAUGAAAGCGCUUUUGUAGCACAUGGUUCAUCUGGCAAAGCGCCCUCGCACUCCCAUAACUCCCGGUCCAUCUGUAGUUAUAAAAAAAUAAUAAUAAUUAUGUAAAAAAAGCAACUGUCCCAAUAUGGGGUGUGUAAGUGUGUGUAUAACAUUUGUAGCUGCAGUAACUAAACCUAAUAAAACAAUAUCAAUAUUUA